CUUCAACCACAAGCUCGACAAACCUGCCCCAUAUCUGCUCAAAUGUAUGGCGACCUGGGCAACAAGCUCGCCCAGCACGCCAAGCGCACUCAAGGCCUCGCCAACCUGCCGCCGUACCAGACCGAGACAGUUCGCGCUGUUACCCGUGAAGCUCGCGAGUUACACAAAGACAUUGAAACGAUCACGCAGUCUCUCAAUGGAUCCUUCACGCCGUCGGAGGACCCGGCUACGGCCUGCACGCUGCUCGUCAACCACCUAUUCAUGAGACGAAAUAAGCGCUGUUUGCUUGCGUACCAUAGGGUCAGGACUGAUAAGCUAGAGGAGUUGGUCUGGAGCGGCGAGGAUAUUCUUGAUGCGCCAGUUCAACAACAGAAGGCCCAGGAGAGCUACAACAGCAGGAUUCAAAGCGGAAAUGCGGCCGGUGGGGAAGUGGGCAAUGGAGAAAGCAACAAGCAUAACCUCAGCCCCGAGGAAGAGGAGUAUGUCAGAAAAUACAGCGAGCUUUUGUCAUCAUACACGGGGCAGUGGACGGAUGUCGACUUGGCAGGCAGUUUGGAGCCGCCGAGGGACUUGUUCAUAGAUGUGAGGGUCCUGAAGGAUGCAGGAGAGAUACAGACGGAAUACGGGUCGAUAACUCUGACCAAGAAUAGCCAGUUCUAUGUUCGACAAGGCGAUGUGGAGCGACUCAUCGCUCAAGGAUAUCUCCAAAAGCUCAGCUAAACCAAACCUUGGAUGCAAUAUCAUGAUCACAGUCACGCUGUAGUCGAGCAAACCGAAGGAGUCUUCGACGGGACGCUCUGCUCUAUGGAUGUCACUCGCUGAAUAUCUCCGGGCGACAGCCUGGUUAUAGUCGCGGUUCAGUCGAGCAAUCCGAAUGAAUCUUCUGGGAGACGCUCCUCUCCGAGUGUCACUCUUUGGAGUCCCCGGGCUGCGGCUAAAGACUCCCGUUGCAUUUACUCAGCCAAGUUGGACUUCGGAUGACGACAAGAGUCCUCUCUCAAUGUGUCCGAGGAUAGAUGGUGGGGUUUACCAGAGUCAAGGCGUCAGGAGAAAGAGCUUAAAAUCCUCAAUUGUUGGUGUGAUAUCUUUCAGUCAGCCACCGUGGCGGAAAUAUACUGGAUCGAAGACACGUCCCUUCAACACGCUCGUGGAUUUGGUAGCAUCGUGGAUUCAUGGCAAUUGGCAUUUGGUUCUAUCUGUAUAAUAUGCAUGGUUCUACAAACACGUGGCCAUGGGCCACAAUUUCCGCACGAGGCUGAUAUCGAUGCCACUCCCUUUGAACGGUGAUAAUAUUCUAAGUGAACAAAUCGAUAUUUUUGCAUCAGGAUAAAAUAUGCAAAGUAUCCAAUUUAAGCUAAAUUGUACCCUGACAGUUGGGGUCCAUGCCAGCCCAAUCAUUCGCAUUGGCUACCAUGACGUAGUGCAGGUUAUUUGAGACAUUCCAUAGCCUUGCAUCCUCGUGAGAACUACGAACAUUCAUUUAUCGGAUUUACUACCAAAUAAUCCCCUCAUAUAUAGAAAAUAGAAUCUAUAGAGCAAUAAAAGUGAGAG